AUGCUGGUGAGAAUUUAUGAGGAUUUACGAUUUAAUGAUAAAUGUUAGUUACACUAACUUUUUUGUGAUAUCUCUUACUAAAAAUUAAAUAUUACUACUAAUUAAAAGAAAUAUUGUCCUCUAUUUUGUUGCAAUUAAAUUGGUGACGAAGGUGCAUCAGGCUUAGGUUCUGCUUUAGCAAAUUGCAUUAAUCUCUCAAAUUUGACACUUACAAUUGGGAGCAAUAAAAUUGGUGAUGAAGGUGCAUCAGGCUUAGGUUCUGGCUUAGCAAAGUGCAUUAAUCUCUCAAAUUUGACACUUAAUCUUAGUUGCAAUUAAAUUGGUGAUGAAGGUGCAUCAGGCUUAGGUUCUGGCUUAGCAAAUUGCAUUAAUCUCUCAAAUUUGACACUUAAUCUUAGUUCCAAUUAAAUUGGUGCAAUGGGUGCAUCAGGCUUAGGUUCUGCUUUAGCAAAGUGCAUUAAUCUCUCAAAUUUGACACUUGGAAUUGGGUAAAAAAAGUUUAUCUGUUUUGGAUUGUGA